CUUCCAGCUGCUCCGGCGGCACAGCAGCAGCCAUGAGCACGGGGAAGAUCUGCUGCCUGGUGCUGCUGACCCUGGGGGUGCUGGCGGUGGCAGUGACCCUGGUGGUGGUGCUGACCCAGCCCAGGUGCGGUGCCCAGCAGUACCUGCACGGCGCCGUGGCUGCUGACACCGAGAGCUGCUCCCUCAUCGGCCGGAACAUCCUGAAAAGUGGAGGCACAGCUGUGGAUGCUGCCAUUGCUGGCUUGAUCUGCACUUCAGUGAUGAACCCUCAGAGUUCGGGCCUCGGUGGGGGUGUCAUAUUUACCAUCUAUAAUGCCAGCACAGGAGCAGUCGAGGUGAUCAACGCCCGUGAGACGGUCCCACGAGAGUUUCCUCCCAACUUAUUGUCUGGCUGUGAUACUGGUUUCCCCAUUGGUGCCUCCUGGAUUGGCGUGCCUGGAGAACUCCGUGGGUAUGAGGAAGCCCAUAAGCGACACGGCCGCUUACCAUGGAAAGCCCUGUUUGAACCAACCAUCAAGCUUCUGUCGGAGCCAGUUGUCAUUUCCCCCGUUCUGGACAAAAUUCUCCAUCACAAAGCCUUCUCUGCUCCAGGGAAAACCCUGUGCCCACUGCUAUGUGAUGGUCAAAGAUUUCUGAAGCGUGGCGAGACCUUCCGGUGGCAAGCGCUGCAGCAAACACUGCAGGCUGUAGCGGAACACGGACCUGCAGCGUUUUAUGAGGGAGAGAUAGGAAGGGCCUUGGUGGAGGACGUCAGGAAGGCUGGGUCCCGUCUCUCACUGGAGGAUCUUCAAGCAUACAAAGCAGAGGUGUCCUCAGCUCUGAACAUCACCCUCAACAACCACACCAAGGUGUUUGCUCCAGGACCACCCAUGGGAGGUGCAGUGCUCAUGUUCAUCCUCAAGGUAUUGGAAGAGUUUAAAUUCCAUAAGGCAUCACUGGCAACACCUGAGGAGAAGGUAGAAACCUACCACUACAUUGCAGAGGCCCUGAAGUUUGGCAACAUGCUAAGACCCAGCAUGAGUGACCCAGCCUUCUCUGAAGCUCAGGUGCCUUUGGGGACCCUGCUGUCCGAGCAGUUUGCUGACUUUGUGAGGCAGCGGAUAGAUGCUCAUGGUGACCACCCACUCAGCCACUACAACCUGCUGGAGUCUCUCUACAACGACAAAUUCAAAAGUAUGGGCACGAGCCACAUCUCUGUGCUCGCUGCAGACGGCAGCGCCGUGUCCGCCACCAGCACCAUCAAUUACCCGUUUGGCUCCUUUGUAUAUUCUAAGCAAACUGGGAUCAUUUUAAAUAAUGAACUUGCUGACUUCUGCAUAGCAAAAAGAAACAUUAAACCAGGAGAGAAGCCUCCCUCAGCAAUGGUGCCUUCCAUCCUCAUCUCCAAGUCGGGAGACAUGCUGGUGAUUGGAGGAGCUGGGGGUGGCUGGAUUAUCAGUGCUACCACCAUGGUGAUUAUAAACAAGCUGUGGUUUGGCUACGACUUGGAACAAGCCAUUUCAGCUCCUGUCAUGCACACCCAGGGUGAGAGUGUCCUAUUUGAGGAGACUUUCAGCAAGGAGAUUAGGACCGGCCUGCUGGAAAGAGGACAUAAAGAAAAGGAAGAUAAAUUUGCAAUGAACGUUGUACAGGGAAUUUUCAAGGAAGGAAAAUGCAUCUCUGCUUACUCUGAUAAAAGGAAGCUGGGGAAGUCAGCUGGAUAUUAGCAUGAAUUGCCAUCACAAUUCACAAAGCCACAGGAGAUUCAGAACACGCUUUGCUUGGACGUGCCCAUAAUUUCCUGUUCCCAUCAGGAUGUCUCGUGGAGCAUGGGCACAGUCUGUGAUUACAUCUAAUUCCAGUAGACUGCAGGUCAGCCUCAGGCAAUACAAGGAGAAGUCAGCCAACCUUGUUUAGAGCUACACCUUUCAUUACUUAUGUGGUACACAGAGAACAUAUUUCUUGAGCACAUCAGUUACUCAAAAUGAGAGAAUAGAAAGUGUGAAAGGAAGACUGGUCCAAACCGCACUGAGAACACUGUGAAAUGGCCCAGCUGUAUCUUCCACUCCUGAGGGAGUCUCGGUUUCUUUCAGGCUGUUCCACAAUAAGCAUAUUGCUGGGGCUCAGCAAUGUGAAAUACCUAACUAUCUUAGCUGUGAACAGAAGUGUCUGUAAGGUCAGGAUUUUAAAAUCUGAAGCAUUCAGGUUUAGAGUGUGGAUUUGGAAAGGGAAGAGAACAAAAUUCUACACUCUCCCUCCGUUUUCCCACCUGAAGAAACUCAGCUUUUCCCCGAGGUGGCAGAUGAAAUCACACCAUGGCACAAGUGCUGCCCUGCCUGCUGCUCUCUGCCUCGGGGGUGCUAAGGACCCCACAGGCUCAGGGUGAGUGCCGCAACACUUCCUCCAGCCCUGCACACUGUGACUCUGAGAACAGCCUCCCAUGGGGGCAUGUGAUUUCCCUGCUCCUGGGACGAGCAGGCUUCAGCUGAGCUCCCUGGAGGUGCCUCUCUCUGUGGUGAGAUGGGUCCCAGUCUGUGCCAGUUCUCUCUCCUCAACACUGGACAUCAGUCUUCGAGAAGGCAGGUCAGGAAGGCAGAGGAAAUGCUGGUUUUUGGAAACUUUAGAACUUUCUUCAAAUUGCAAAGUAUACGUGAUCAGGAGAUGUCAUUUGUAGCCCUGAGGUCAGCCUGGCCAGGAAAACACCAGGUCUGCUGAAAAGUGAUGCAACACUAUCAGGCAUGAGCAGAAUUCUCCCAUAUCCUACAUGCUCCAAAUCCCUGUUUUCCACAGCUAGUCUCUAGUGUUCCCUUCAGACCACAACGAGGGCACUGUAGGACUCUAAGAACUAUUACAGAAAGAAAAACCUUGGAGAAGAGACCUGAACCUGGAUUUUGUACCUGGAUGUAAAAGGUCUUUCGCAGUUAAUCUGUAACAUUGCCUUGCUCAAAAUGGCCAAGAGAAUCAAACAUUUAUGAAAGUAAAACUUAAAACCCACAAAACCCCCAAAGCUCUUCAAAUAUGCAGGGUCAAAUUCCCAGAAUCCUCCAAAAUUCCAUUUUCUGAAAGCUUCUGAGCCUGAUUGCCCUAUGGGCACAGUGUUGUGUGUGUGUCUGAAAGAGAGAGAAACCAGAGCCAGGCACUAGCAGAGCCCUCCUCCUCACACACAGAGCCCAUGGGACUCCUAGUUCUCCAACAAACAGAAUCCCUCUGUAAACAUUAUAACAAGCACACACUAUUAAAAAACACAAAUUAAAACAAAGCCAGCUAGAUUUUAUGCCAAAUGUUUUUACCCACAAAGCCUGUCCAAUAAAGCCAUCACAUUACUGAAAUCUCAGCCUUCACUUGCAUUUUAGUGAUGGUCCAAGUGAAGCUGAGCAGAGCCAGACAUGUGUUUUCCUUCAAAAGUUGUACACCAAGGACCGUAGCACAGCCCCUGCUCUGUCAGCGAGUGGUUGCUGAGUUACCAGAUUGUAACUGCAAGCACUUCAUCAUGCAGCUGGAAACCAAGUUACUCAUGGAUGGAGCCAGCUCCAUGCACUGUCCUGCUCCCUCCUUGUCCAAGUGGAAUUCAUCUGAAAUCCCCCAGUUCGGGAAGAACUGCUGGUUUCUCCAUCAGAGCUGCUCACUCACACCGUGGAAGUGGCUCAGCACCCUGUGAGGCAGCCUCACAGCGCUGGUGAAUGGGAAAGGGAACAGCCCCAAAAGCUGAUGAGGGACAGAUUUUAUGUUCAUGUGGAAGGGGUUACAUCGACUAUGACUGCCAAAGAAACCAAAUCUAUCUAAUUUGCUGAAGUUUCUGCCUUAAAUAACUCCCUUGCCCCAGCUAGCAGUUCCAGGGUGCAUCAGUUCUGUGUCAGAACCACCACGGGACUGAGCUGUGCAGAGGAAGCACUGACAGGCGCCAGACACCAUCUGCAGCUCCUGCCACAGCACCAGACACACUGACCAGACCAGAUGCUGGCUCUGGCAGAUCUGUAGUUAUUUCCAGCUAACCCCACUGAGCCGAGAGUUUACAAUCAGCAACGGAGAGUAGCACUGGCUGGAGACAGAGAGAGCACUCCUGGCUUCCCUAUCAGGCUUCAGGGCCACCUUCAGCAGUGCUCUGGUCCCUCUCCAUCAUGUUUCACUACAGAAAACCCAAGUCACCAAGUAACUAAGUCUUUCAUUACCUUUGCUUCUGACACACCUUAGGGUGAAGCACCCUGCAGUACUCCAGCCUAUCACCUUUCCAGAGCAGUAGUAUCACAGCUACUUCCCACCACAAAGACAUGGGAAUAUUAUCUUUAGUCCAGUACUCACUGCAGUUUAACUGCUUUGCUAUUAACUCUGCAAGUCAGCCAGUGAAGCAGUUUAAAAACCCAUCACAGGUUUCAUUUGCUAGGUAGAAGGGAAUGGGAGUGCAGAUCCCUCAGUGCAGCAGAGACUUCCAGUCCUGCAGUCCUUCCUAGCAGAAUACCUGGUGAAACUGAGAUUGUACCUGCUUUGGCACCUCUGCUCUUGCCCUGCCACCUCCUCACUGCUGUUGAAAUCUGCUUGGGUCAAGAGCCUCUCAGUUUGGUCUCUCCACAUUCCUGCUCCUCCCAACAAGAGAACAUUAUUUUUGUACUGAAAUCAACUUACACGGACUUUUAAAGCAUCAUUGUACAGAGGCUGCUCUAUUUUCUAACGAAGUCUUUAAGUUAUACAUUUAAUAAAGUGUUUUUAAACCUG